AUGGUGACUGGUGGUCUCCUCUACCAUUGGAUGACAGAGAUCCUGAGAUAUGACAGUGGUACUUCCAGCACUGCUGCCUGCAUCUAUAGUGUGGCCAUCCUUUUCGUCUCGUACCUCUGUCAUCCUCUCUGUUGUGGUCCUGCACACUCUGGGCACCAAACAGUGAUGCAAGCUGAUCAUCUCCACCUCUGUUCUGUGAUGGUGUUAGUGUUGAACGUCAUCCCGACAUAACUGUUAACAUGGGAGUGGUGAUGCACUUUUUAAAGUGCAACUGAAGAUUUUGCCCGCUCUUUUUUAAACUCAUCUGGGCUUUUUCAAGAAGCAAAGAGAGAUCUUGUUAGAUAGGCUAUCAAAGUAAAACAGGAAGAACUGAAUAUUAUUACCAGACAGAGAAAAUGUGAUCAAUUUGAUGUGUCAGAGGUCAAAAAGAGGUUUGUUACAGUAAGCAAACUGAUUGAGAGGGACUUUUUACAUGCCAAGAAACUGUUGGAGGAGUAUAAACUUCUGUCAAACAGGAUUCUGGUGGCCAACUUUGCAAUAUAUCGAAUAGUUGAAUCAGCCUGAUACCUGAAGUCACAUGUCAUUUCAGUUAAGUUUGACAAUGUUUACAUCACAAGACAGUUGUUGCAAAAGGAAUCUGAUGAUGGAAUCCAAAUAAAACCAACUAACCUGAAAAAUAUGGUUAAUUCCACAAGUUGUAAAAUAACAAAACAGGAAUUUACCAGAUGUCUUGCUCCAAUAUUACACUCUUAGAAAAAAGGGUUCCAAAAAGGUUAUUCGGCUGGCUCCUUGUAGAACCCUCUGUGGAAAGGGUUCUACAUGGAACCCAAAAGGAUUCUACCUGGAACCAAAAGGGUUCUACCUGGAAACAAAAAAAUGUUUUCAAAGGGUUCUCCUAUGGGGACAGCCAAAGAACCCUUUUAGGUUCUAGACAGCACCUUUUUUUAUAAGAGUUUAAUGGUGUACCAUCUAGUUACAGUGAAUGGGCCUUGGCUGUUGGAUGUUCCAGCUACAUCUGUCAGCAUUGCUGUGAAAAAUAUAAGGUAGGUCAAUAUUGAUACUUUUCGAUAUGAGGUCAGGCACAUCCCAGAACAUAAUGUGACAUUACAUAAUGUGUAGCCUUGAGAUCAAUGAUGAUAUGAAAUUGAAUAACACAUUGGACAAAUGGUGACUGGAGUCUCUUUUCUCUGACAGGUUCAGCUGCGCUUCCCAGGCCUAUGUAUUAUCCCAGCUAUCUGUGGGGAUACAGAACUGGCAAACUUCCACAAGCAGUAUGACUGGACAUUCAGCCCAGAGGCAUUACUCUGUGAUGUAGAGCCCUCGGCACCACACCUGAGAGUGAGGGUCUUACUGACACUACUCUGUCUGGUGGGAUACAUCAUGGUGUUUCUGGAGGUCUACACCAGGAGCAUCCUCAGGAAAGUGUCUGCAUCCUUCUUCAAAAAGCAGGAGGAAAAUAUAAUUAAUUUAUUUUGA